CACAAAAAUUCAAUUCAAACCAAACACACUGUUCUUUCAAUUCUCCUCUUCAAACCUUCUCGUUUCCCCAUGUUCUUCAACAACAAAACUUCCCCACAUCAAUCCUAGUCAUCACCUUCUUCCUCGCCUCAAAUCCCUCUCUCUCUCCUCUGUACCACUUUUCUCUCUCCUACUCCUCACUCCGUCAUCACCUCUCUCACCUCCUCCGCGUUUUCUUCCUCCAUAAAUAUGGCUUUCUUUCAACCCCAUUUUCCUCCCAUUCCCUUUUCUCCAUUAACCCUCUUCCAUUUAUUCCUUAUCAUGCCAUUACUCCGUCCCGCCACCGCCACAUUGCCGGAAGUUUUCUCCCCCCGCCUCGUCGAUAGGGGCCCUGUGGUUCCGGUCACCAAUCUCGUCAAGUUUCUUGAGCGUCUUCAGGUUGUAGCCCUAAACUCGUUUGGGAAAUUGGAUUUUGAUCUUAAAUACUAUGUCGAUUUGUCUCUGAAAUUCGAUUUGGAUUCCACCGAAACCGCUUUCGAUGCACUUGAACGAUCCUCCAAUGGCUCUGUCUCCGUUGAGAAUUUGAAAACCUUCAUUACGGACUAUUUCGAUAGUGCUGGAACCGACUUGGUUUACUCUGAGCCGGUUGAUUUUGUCCCUCAGCCUAUUGGGUUUUUGCCCAAAGUUGAGAAUUCGGAGGUUAGAGCUUGGGCUUUGGAUAUUCAUAAUUUCUGGAAGAAUCUUAGCCGAAGAGUUUCCGAUGAUCUCAUUCAUCGGCCGGAAACCCACACUCUGUUGCCGUUGCCGGAGCCUGUUGUCGUUCCCGGUUCCAGAUUCCGGGAAGUUUACUAUUGGGAUUCCUAUUGGAUUAUCAGAGGUUUGUUAGCUAGUAAAAUGUAUGAUACUGCAAAGGGAAUUGUUAUUAAUCUCAUUUCAAUGAUUGAUGAGUUUGGCCAUGUUCUGAAUGGUGCCAGAUCUUAUUACACCAACAGAAGUCAGCCUCCCCUUUUGAGUUCCAUGGUUUAUGACAUAUACCUUAGGACAGGGGAUUUAGAGUUUGUGAGAAAUGCACUCCCAGCUUUAAUCAAAGAGCAUAAAUUUUGGAAUUCAGGAUUCCAUUCAAUUACUGUCCGGAAUGCUCCUGGUGGAAAUGGAAAUCAUUCUUUGUCUAGGUACUAUGCAAUGUGGAACGAGCCGAGGCCUGAAUCUUCACUGUUGGAUGAGAAACUUGCCUCAAAGUUUGUUAAUAACUAUGAAAAACAGCAUCUAUAUCGGGAAAUUGCAUCGGCAGCCGAAUCUGGUUGGGAUUUCAGUUCAAGAUGGAUGAGGGAUUCGACAGACUUAUCAACCUUGGCUACAACUUCAAUCUUGCCAGUUGAUCUCAAUGUGUUUAUACUCAAGAUGGAACUUGACAUUUCCAAUUUGGCAAGAGCUGUUGGAGAUUACUGCACGGCAAAGCACUUUUUUGAGGCUUCUCUAGUCAGAAAGAAGACAAUCAACUCUAUUUUCUGGAAUUCAGAGAAGGGACAAUGGCUUGAUUACUGGCUUGAUAAUGGCUUAUACAAGGGUACUCAUACAUGGGAUGCUCGAAACCAGAACCAGAACGUCUACGCUUCAAACUUCAUUCCGUUGUGGAUCGAAUCGUUCUACUCCGAUAGCAGACAGAUGAAGAAAGUCUUAAAAAGUUUACGGAACUCAGGCUUGUUGUGCAAUGCUGGGAUUGCAACUUCAAUGAUUAAUUCAGGAGAACAAUGGGAUUUUCCAAACGGUUGGGCGCCAAUCCAACACAUGAUUGUCGAGGGCCUGGCGAGAUCCGGAUUGAAAGAAGCAAGAGCAUUGGCUGAGGACAUCGCUGCUAGAUGGCUUCAAACGAACUAUGUAGCUUACAAGCACACGGGAUAUAUGCAUGAGAAAUAUGAUGUCCAAAAGUGUGGUGACUUUGGUGGAGGAGGUGAAUAUGUCCCUCAGACUGGUUUUGGAUGGUCCAAUGGAGUUGUUUUGGCAUUCCUUGAAGAGUUUGGAUGGCCAAAAGAUCAAAAUAUAGACUGCCACCUAACUUCUUAAACACGGUUUAACCGAACUGAAAUAAUGGCAUAAUCACAAUGGUGGAAAGAGCAUAGAAAAAUCCCGAAGUUAUAUUGGUUUUUUUCUUUUUUUGAUUAGUUUUAUUUUUUUAUAUAUAUUUUUUAAAUUUUUGAUAAGAAACUUGAAGUAAAAACUGACAAGCGAAGGGGCGGGGAAGAGAUAGUGAAGAUAAGUUGGCAUCUAGUUUUUCACAAUGUUGGACAUCUUUAUUGUUGCAAUUUCAUAUAGCCCGGGCCUAUACAAAAGAUAAAAUUUCUCAAACCAAUUUAACCGAAAGGUAUUUUUGAAUUCCUCUACCAUUUGUCUUUUUAAAAAUUCAAUGAAUAAUACAAAAAUUAAGAAAAA